AUGAUGCUGGGAGGCUUUUCAAGCAAGAACCCCGCGGCAUCUUUCACCUUUCCUUCUACUCCCCCGCCCCCUCGGACCCGAGAGGAGUGGGAGAGAGUGCUAAUUGGGGUCAAACACCUCUACCUUCAACGACAGUACAAGCAAUGUGCCUUGCGUGCUGCAGAGAUCUCGAACUCUGCCAGGAAACCAAUUCAUCCAAUCUACCAGGUCUUCCUCAGCUUCUAUUCCGCCAUAUCAUACGAGUUUCUUGGCCAAGCUGCUCACCCCUAUUCCAGCAACAAGGUCUCAUUCCUUUAUCUAGCUUUGGAUCAUUUUCUCGACUGCAGUGCAGCGUUGCCUGCUCCUAUUCCUCUUCCCAAACUACCCAGUGGCUAUGAAAGCCCUACUGCAACACCCUCGCCGGUGUCGCCCCAGACUCCCGGGAGCAGCCUUGUUGCGUUCGACACUGUCCAGCGUCGGCUUCCCAUAUCAGAGGAGCUUGUUCAUAGUAUCUCACGGAUGAUUGACGUCUCUCUUGGCACGGAUGAUGACCCAUUUAUUUCAGAUCAUGAGACGGAGAAUCGAACACCAUUUAUGAUCUCUUUGACCCAGCCUGUUCAUCAUCCUAGAAGUCCCAUAAAGGAGAAUCCGCUUUUUCGGGUCAUGAUCUCUCCCGACAAGGCUUGCAAGGACACCAGAGACCCGGUGAAGAAAGAUCCCCUUAUGCCCUCUCCGCUCCGCAUUCACAAGUCUUCCGGGGACUCGAGUUCAUGUGCGAUGAAAACUCCAGAACGCAAGGAAACUUCCAAAGAAGCCAUGGCGAGACCCCGGCCUCCGCCUUUGCCGUUGCAAGUAAUCCCGACUAGUCGCCUGAAUAUCAAUCGACCUGUUGAUGGGCUUACAGAGGCUAUAUCUCCCCGCCGUGCAGCCCAGAUCGUACGAUUCAACCGAGGGGUUGGGUUUCUCCAGUCUCAAGUGGCCACGAACAUUACCGAGAUCCAGGAACAUGCCGACCACAUUACUGAGAUUCAACGCUCCCGCCGCGCGCGCAAAAUUCAACGUGUGGCCUCGUUCUGGAGUUUUUCCCCAAUCAAAAGCACCCAAAAUACCGAGAUCAAACAUGAGCAUGAUCCGGUAGUUGAUCAAUUUGGGAAUAUCUUGGUGAGUGAGACCAAAGAACAGCGAAUUGCGCGCCUCCGAUCCGAGGGGUGGAACACUGUCGGACUGCGGUCUCCACGAAGUACCUGGAAAGGUGCCCGCUACUACCAAGAGUUUUGCAGUAUGGUUUUGAAUGAACUUGAUCUGGAUCAAUGA